AUGCUUCUGUUAAAAUUUCAGAACAAGAACAGCAAGAACAAGAACAAGAAAAACAUAAAUAACAGGAAGAACGAGAACGAGAAGAGCAAAGAAAGAGAAAGAGAAAGAGAAGCGCGAGAAGAUCAAGAAGCGCAAGAAGAGCAAGAAGAGCAGGAGGAGGAGGAGGAAAAGGAAGAACAUGGACGAGAACGAGAAGAGCAAACAGAGCAAGAAGAGCACGUAGAACAAGAACAAGAGCAAGAGCAAAAGCAAGAACAAGGACAAAAACAAAAACAGCAAGAAGAGCACGAAGUGCAGGAAGAUCAGGAUGAGCAAGAGGAGCAAAAGGACCAGGAGGAGCAGGAAAAAAACAAGAAUAAUAGCACCGGAAGAACGAGAACGAGAACAACAAGUGGAGCAGGCAAAAAAAGAAGAACAGAGCGGGAAGAACGAGAAGAGCAAGAAGAGUUAGAAGAGCACGUAGAGCAAGUAGAGCAAGAAAGGCAGGAAUAG